UGUCGAUUGUGCGCUGUAAUAGGUUGUUUUACGAUUUUUGAGACGAAAUGAUGUUACCUGUUUUGCUGGUUUUGGGGACGAUCUGCAGUUAUGCCAAUGCUCAAAUCGAACCGAUAGUCUUAGUCCACGGCGGAGCGGGGACAAUAAGUGAAGACAGAAUCCCGGGUAAAUAUCGUGGGUCCAUCCUGGCGGCCAGGGUUGGCUAUCAGGUGUUGAUGAACAAUGGCACGGUGAUGGAUGCCGUCGAGCAAGCUGUGCGCAUCAUGGAGAGCGAUAGUCAGUUCAAUGCCGGGUAUGGAUCCGUGUUGAACGCCGACGGUGUCGUGGAAAUGGAUGCCAUGGUCAUGGAUGGGACGUCCCUUGCCACCGGAUGUGUUGCCGGGGUCCAGGAUGUACUGCAUCCGAUCAGUGUAGCACGUCGAGUGAUGGACCGUACCAGGCACAAUUUCCUAACCGGAGAUGGACUGGUUGAGUUCAUCAAGACACAGGGAAUUGAAGUUUUGUCUCCGCCUGGUCAGUUGGUAACUCAGAGAGCCAAGGAAGCGCUCGAAGCCUGGAAAGAGAACAAUCAAAUAUUCGACAUCGGUGAAGGCGGCACUGUAGGAGCUGUGGCGAUUGAUUCGGAUGGAAACAUUGCGGCCGCAACUUCGACCGGAGGUUUAACGGGCAAAUUGCCGGGACGUGUUGGCGAUAGUCCCAUCAUUGGAUCGGGAGCAUACGCAGACAAUCGGCUUGGGGGAAUGUCCGCGACAGGUGAUGGAGACGUAGUGAUGAAGGUAGUUUUACUGUAUGAUAUCCUGAAGCGAAUGGAGUACAAGACAGAUGACAUGACUAAAGCUGCUGAGGAUGCUCUUGCUGAGAUGACUGCGAAAUUGGGCGGAUCGGCUGGUGUAAUUGGGCUGAAUGCCGCAGGAGAACCAACGAUAGCGUUCAAUUCCGAACAAAUGUCCUGGGCAUAUCAGCGAGGACAAACUGUUGCCUAUGGGGUGAGAAAGGGGGAAUUUAUUGAAGAACAGUUGGAAAAUUCGUUACAGGAUAUUUUAAAACUAUUUGCGGAGUUUGAGUUCAAUAACAACUAAAGCUGUUGAUGAUUUCAUUGUAAAAACUUCUUAUGGUAAAAAAAUUUUUAAGAAAAAAAAUUGCACUUUAUGUUUUAGCAAAUUAUUCAUUUGCCCAGCAGCUGAAAGUUGUUGAGCAAGUGAAUAUAUAAAAGGAAAUAAUCAAAUUACACCCUCAGAAAAAUAAUAUUAUGUAGGUAUGCCAUAAGUUUCUAUCAUGAACUGGCGCCAUAAAAAAAGUCUUUGAAAUUCUGAAGAUUUUUAUAUGACGCGAAUGAAUUCUUCAGAACACUUACUUCAAUGAGAAGUUGUUGCUUUUCAUAAGAGGGUCAUAUGGAAACAGAAAA